GUUGUGGCACAGUACUGAGUUUGGAUUUGUGCCCCUGCGAAUGCCACAGCGGAGCGUGAAAAGUCACUUUCGGUGAAUCCAGUUCGCUCCAGCGGAAUCGCUAUGAAUGUCGGCAAUCCGCGGUCGGGCCAGUCGAUGUUUCAGAGUCAAGUUGGCGGCUUUACCCCAACUCCUGCUUCCCGAGGUUUCUCUGAAUCCUAUCAUACGAAUUUGACUCCCGCAAGAAACAACCCUACUGGCUUUACCACCGCUUCUGUCAGUGUCUGUUCUCCGGUGAACGUCAUACCAUGUUCCACUCCCAAUCGGACAGUUUUAACCAGACAUGCCAACCCUGAUUCUCUUCGAGAGGAUCAUCAUGUAAAUGGGGGACAACAGAUUGCUCGACAUAAACCAGCCGCCCCACUACCAUCACGCAAGCAUCGAACCAAAUCCCCACCCAUUGUCUCCACCAACACCACGGGCUAUUGGCUUCCAGGUGAAAGAUUAGCCCACGUUUCUUCCUUCGAUCCUCGGGUGGUAGUACAAUCUCCAAGUGAGGUUACCAACACCGGUGUUCCCAAAUCUCAACGUUCGUUCCGCGUAGAUGACUCGGAUCAUAUGUACGGGCAGGCAAGCAGCAGUUGCAAUAGCAGUUUUAUCAGUAACAGUAACUCUGCAGACAACAAUGAUUUAUCUGUGUCUGUCGGUCCUCGCCGUCCGUGUGCUCUGUCGGAUUAUUCCCCCACUGACACAACUGCCCUAGGAAGCCCCACAAUCACUACCUACCACAAUCUCCGCGACCUCACUGUUUCUCAGGCCACUGUUGUGCUUGCACCCGAAAACUCCACUACCUCCGGCGGGGUCGUUGCCGCUUCCAACGAACCACGUGAUAUGCACCACACUCGUUGCAGCAGUGGAACUCAGGCUCCUUCUACUACCGACUCAAGUUCAAGGAUGACGGUCAGUGAACUUCGUUCUGUUGCUGAACGUCAGCGUCAGCAACUGAUGCGACAGGCUCAGCAGAUUCAAGCCAAGGAAGAGCGAUUAGCUUGGCUUAGGUCCCUGCACACUAGCUGCGCCGUUAGCGGCUCGACUGGCUUAGCUCAGACGCCCGCAUCCGGUUCCGAGCUGACGCAUGAGCAGGAGGUGCUUCUGCACAAACUACGCGGCUUCCGCGGACAAACGGAACAUACUCGCUUGACGAAUGAAACGAUCGUGAAAGAAAUCGACAACCUCUCCCGUUCCUUAUCAUCCAAAGAAGUCGAGUUGACUGCCUACCUUCAGCGUUCCGACGCGGCGCGACAACUUUUACCCAUUCUAUCGGCUUGUCACCUGUGUUUGUCGGGUAAUUCUUCUGGGCGCGCUCACCGGAUAUAUGCUCCUUCCUCGGAUGAUUGCGUGAAUCUUGAGAAGCCUCUCGAUCUUCUCUCGUUUCAUCUGCCCUUCUCCUCUGAUCGCGAUAAAAAACACUGGCGCGAUGGCUUAUUAGAAGCGGAUCGUUUGGAUAAGCAGAUCGCAUUAGCGCUGAAUCACAACGCCGCUUCGCAGAUGAAAAGAGCAAUGACCACAUCAGAGGAGCUCAAGAAUUCUGAUCGUCCAGUUUCGAAUGCACAUAUGACAUUCAACGCAAGGAAGCCUGCUCUUGUAGAGUUUAAUCAGAGCGUUGUUCACAACAAAUACCCCACGGUAUCAAAAAGCAACGAUGAUCCGGCUUCGAUGUCGUCAAAACCUCCAUUUGUGUCAUCCGACUUCAGCUCGCUGUUGUCUCGAGCCAGCAGUCCCCCAGCGAGCCGCCGUUCUCUGCGAAUGCUACUGCACGCCGCAAACCUUGGAGGCAUCUCUAGCGUGGCUACAAGCCACACUACUCCUACUAGUUCUGGGAUUGUGUCUUCCACUCUUCCACGCAUUAAAACCCCUCCGAGAUAUGCUUCACGUGCAGUGAUCAAUGACACCUACAUGCGCCGAAUAUGCAGGGAUAGUGUUGAGAAAUACAAACGCACUGCAAGUGAAAUCUACCGUGCCAAUAUGGAGCGUUUGUCCGCUAAGCAAACGUCAUCGUUGGCUACUUCGGAACCAAAUUCGGAGUCCCAUAGACCAGAAGAAGUCGAUACCGACGUUGUUGUUGUUCAGCCAUGUCAUGAGCCCAGCGAAUUGCGAGUAUCGCCAACUAACUUUGCUCACCUCACCCUGCGUCAGCCCAUCACAAGCUCGCUCCAAUCUGCCUCCUUCGACCCCGCUUCAUCGUCGUCAUCAUCUUCGUUGGAGCUUUUGGGUAUUGACGAGUCAUCCGUUUGCCCUGGCCAACUUGAUGAACCUGUUGUACGAGACAAAACGGAUUCUAAACUCACUGCGGCUGGGUCCGGCGAUUUGGAUAGCGGAAUUGGCGCGUCAGACGAUACCACUCCAUCGGAACACGCCAAUAUCACAGGCUUAUGCACUUCGCAUCCUAACACAGCUUUGGCUUCAGCCACAGUUGUUUUUGUCGAUGAUGGACCCGGGACAGAUGGCUGCUUAAGCAAUGCUUCAGAUGGAACUUCCCAGCGUGUACAGUCUAUUCUACGCAAAGCAGUGAAACAUUCAACUUCAGAGAUGGCGUCAACCACUGCAACGGAACUGACCAAUGAUCAACCCUCGACACUGAAUUCGUCGUCCCAGUCGCGCUCCAAUUCUGUUCGAUUUCACCCAUUAGCUCUUCUACUGGAUGCUGCACUCGAGGGUGAUUUGGAUUUGGUUAAGAAAAUGGCGGCGGCGGUUACCGAUGUCUCAGAGCCCAACGAUGAGGGUAUUACUGCCCUCCACAACGCCGUUUGCGCAGGCCGCACUGAUAUAGCUGAUUUUCUGGUGCGUACUGCUGGAGCGGAUGUAAACGCUGGAGACACUGAUGGUUGGACUCCUUUGCACUGUGCUGCCUCAUGCGCCAAUCUCACAUUGGCACGCCUUUUGGUCGAACACGGAGCAUCUCUACACGCUCGUACUCUAUCGGAUCACGAAACUCCGCUGGAAAAAUGCGACCAGGGCGAUGAUGAGGCAGAGUGUGAGGAAUACCUUUUCUUUCAACAGGAGCGACUCGGGUCUGCUGCAUCUGGUCGGGUUUACGCGUUGUUUCCUCGUGGAUUGGAAGCGGCUGGCGCGGGUUCUGCGGAUGCUUAUAUUCAAGCCGACGAGCUACCAAUUUACCCCAACGAACCGUUGACUAUUGUGGAUAGGGAGCCGGCUGGUGAACCGGAAUGGAUGAUGGCUGAAAAAGCGGAUGGUACACAUGGACUUGUGCCUCGCUCGCAUAUUUCCUGUUAUCCCUUGGUCCGUGUGCCUCCCGCCAGUCAUCCAAUACCCAUCCUCCCUCCUGUUGCUACUCGGUUUGAGAUCUGGGAUGAUGAUGAAGAGGAUGACACAAGCAGUCCAGUCGCGGAGGAACCAGCGGAUACACAGGCCUCUGGUGACGAUACCAUUCCUUUGGUCAUCGAAGUGGAUGUUUCCGUAGCGGAUCUCCCUGUGUCUUCGGGGCACACUUUACCUGUGGUGACGCGGCCAACAUGCAGCACUACUGUGAUGUUGCGCAACGAUCAGCUACCUGCGCAAUCAGAAAAUAUUGAGAAGAGACUCGUUACACCAACUCCCACUCCGCGUGAUGGCAACAACUGUGAUUUGAAGACUGCCCUGUAACGUCUCUCACCAUGCCACACAUCGGCUGCAGAUUCCUUGCAGUCUCUGCAAUGCUCGCCUAUCCCGUAAUGUUUUUCAACCGGUUCCUCUGUACAUACGCAUUCGCACACUGUCUAUGUGUGCGCUUUUUAUCACACCAACGCAACUCCAUGUACAUGGCUUUCAGCAACAAAAUCGUUCUCCAGCUGCGAGACAACCUGUAAUUAAGUUUUCCUUUUGUUUUGUACAGCUCUUCUUGCAGUCUCUUCAUUUGCUGCUUCAACAUCAAUGACUUCAAUGUGACCUAAUGCCUGUGUUUCAGCAUGUUAGGGCACAUUUGUUGCGGUAACCAAUCUUUUCUCGGCGCAUCACUCCCACCAGACUUUCAGCUAUCCUCUGGGUCUCCUGUUCAGGAUCCCCUACCCAGCUUAUCGAAUGCGAUGUUUAUUUUUGUAUAUUUUCUUGUGGCUACUUUUAUUUAUUGCUAAGGUUGUUUUUAUUUUCUCUCGUGUGCGUCCUUUUCUUCCGGACUUCAUUAUUUUCUUCAUGUUUUCGCUAUAAAAUCCGCCCGUCAAUCUCCUGAUGUGCCACUUUGGAAGCCACAUUCUUUUCCAUCUCACUUUAGCUACUGUGGAAGUUUUUCCUCUCUUCUGGGGUUGCACUGUCCUCCCUUGUGUUUUAGCCGCAUCAUUCGGUUUGAUAUCGCACACUAUACGUGUGCUAUCACUCCACACAAUUUCAAUGCGCUGGAACUUUUACAGGCUGUGUCUGAGAAUAUGAUCUGCUUCGUGAUAUACCAAAGCCUAUACUUUUUCUGGCAUCAGAUUUGGAAUCCAGGUUCUUCCAACCACCUCGAUUAUUCGCGUACUUCUCGUUUGGCAAGUUGCUCUAAUUUGGAAGGCAAAUGUCAAUCUGUUAUCAACUUCACGACUAAAUCGUU